GUAACGGUGGGCAAAGAUAAAGGUGAUGUCAUGGCGUCAGCUGGGCUCCAGCUCCUUGCUUUCAUCCUGGCCUUAUCUGGAGUCUCCGGAGUGCUCACGGCCACUCUGCUGCCUAACUGGAAGGUGAAUGUGGACUUGGGCUCCAACAUCAUAACAGCCAUUGUGCAGCUGCAAGGGCUGUGGAUGGACUGCACGUGGUACAGCACCGGGAUGUUCAGCUGCACCGUGAAGUACUCCAUUCUGUCCCUCCCCGUCCAUGUGCAGGCUGCACGGGCCACCAUGGUCCUGGCAUGUGUCCUGUCUGCUUUGGGGAUCUGCACUUCUACAGUAGGGAUGAAAUGCACUCGCUUAGGAGGGGACAGAGAAACAAAGAGUCACGCUUCUUUUGCCGGAGGAGUCUGUUUCAUGUCUGCGGGGAUCUCUGGUUUGAUACCAACAGUGUGGUACACGAAGGAGAUCAUAGCAAACUUUCUGGAUCUGACAGUUCCAGAAAGCAACAAACAUGAACCCGGAGGAGCUGUCUAUAUUGGAUUCAUUUCAGCUGUACUGCUGUUUAUCUCUGGCAUGAUUUUCUGCACUUCCUGCAUUGAAAAGAAUCCAGAAGCUUGGCUCUAUCCACCCAAGCAGCAGCAAAUCUCCACCACACAACCAGAGGGCAAUUCAGCAUACAACCUGAAAGAUUACGUGUAA